CUGUGACGCCAUGACGCACGGCGUGCGUCUAUUACGUUACGGAUGUAAACACUGCUCCUGCUCAAUUCACGUGGAGGGAAAAACUAACCGACUAUAUGGCUCCGAAGCUGGAGCGGUUCAUCAGCCCGGGGAAAGGUAACGGUCUGCGGGCCACAGCCGGGAUCCGGAGAGGAGAGCUGGUCUACUCCACCGAGCCGCUGGAGAGCUGCGUGUCCAACAAACUGUCCAGAGAGGUCUGCCACCACUGCUUCUCACGACGCGAGACCUUGUUGCGAUGUUCCCAGUGCAAGAUGGCUCGCUACUGCAAUAGCACUUGCCAGAAACGAGCAUGGUCUGGCCAUAAGAGAGAGUGUAAAUGUCUGCAAAGCCUCCUACCCAGAAUUCCCACUGACUCAGUCCGUCUGGCUGCGAGACUCAUCUUCGCCUUGAUAAGUCCAUCUAAGAGCAGCAGUGAGGAGCUCUACACUUUGGAGGAGCAUGAAUCACACCUGAGUUCCAUGUCUGAGCACAAGAAACAAGGUCUGUCUCAGCUGGCUUCCAUGUUAGAGCUGUACCUACAACAGGAAGUACCUGACCUGGCACAGGAAGUGACAUCAGCGCUGCCGCCUUCCUGCCGAGAACCCCUCAGCCUUAUUGCGAAGGUGACGUGUAAUUGUUUCACCAUCAGUGACGGAGAGCUGCGAGAGAUUGGAGUCGGGCUGUAUCCUAGUUUAUCUCUGCUAAACCAUGACUGUAGGCCAAACUGUGUGAUGGUGUUUGUGGGAACAAAACUGCAGCUCAGAGCUGUUCGGGAUAUCAACCCUGAAGAGGAGCUGACUAUAAGUUACAUUGAGACGUUGUCAUUGACUGAAGAUCGACAGAGACAGCUGGAGGACCAAUACCAUUUUACAUGCCGCUGCCAGCAUUGUGACUCUCAAGACAAAGACGGACUCAUGCUGUCCGGGAAAGAAUCAACAUGGCGCCUGCUGAAGGAGGCUCUACCCAGACUGGAAGGACUGAAAACAGAGUCGAAUUGGCAAGCACUACUAGAGGGCUGUAGUCGUCUGUUAUCGACUGUUGGUGGUGACGUGCCCGAUGAAAAUCUGUAUAAACUCAGAAUGACAGACAUGGCUGUAGAUGCUUCCAUUCACCUGGGACACUGGGAGGAGGCUGUGGGAUAUGGGGAGAGAACACUUCCAGUAUACAGCCAAUACUACCCUGAUCCUCAUCCGGUCCACGGAGUCCAGCUGAUGAGAGUUGGAAAGCUGCAGCAUUACCUGGAACAUAUCGACGACGCUUUGGACACAUUCAAACAGGCCUAUCAGAUCAUAAAGCUCACCCACGGUGACGAUCACCCCAUGACCACCGAUCUGUUGAUGAAGAUGGAGGAAUGCCGCACUGAGAUGGCUCAACAAUCAUCCAUCAGUCAGUGAGGCACAGACACAACAAAGGAAACAAAGAAAAAAACUGCGACUGGACAUUUAAUUACAUGGACUAAUUUCCCAAUCCCAAACAUCAGAUUUACGAGAUGAACAGAAAGUAGAGGAAUAUACAUUUUGCCUUCUGUAAAUUAUAUCUGAUGAAUGUCAUACAUUGAAACGAGUAUGUUCACCGUCUGAAUUUUUUAUUCUUUUACACAGUUUAUCAGAAAUUCUCUCGAUAAAAUUGCUUUGUCCUUAAUUUCUCAUUUUGUACUGAAUGAAAUUAAUAAAGAUUUGUUACACCCAGAUUAACAAGACAAACGUCUACAGUACUUAGGCACAGCGUUGCUUUGAACUAUGGAUAUACAUGUAUAUAGAUAUAGGCUAGUUUAGCAUGCUAAUAUUUGGUGAUUAGCACUAAACACAAAGUAAAGCUGAGGCUGAUGGGAAUGUAUUUAGUUUUGCAGGUAUUUGGUCAUAAUUUAAAUUUAAAUGAUUGAUUUCUUAAGUAAGUAGCCAUGUAAUUAACAGGAUCAUGUACAGCUAACAGGUCAUUGUUGUGAAAUAAACCCCUGAUGCGGCUCCCUGACGCAAAGCGGAGUUUGUUUGUUACACAAUGACCAGCUUGCCGUACAUUAUCCAUUACUUAGCAUGUAGUAAAGACUGGAAGUUGGGGGAAACCGCUAAUCUGGCUCUGUCCGAAGUAGAAAUAUGCCUACCACUCACUGAUCAAUUAAUCUGCACCUAAAAAUACAUAAAAAAUAUUCCUAUUGUGCUCAGUUCAAGUUUAUU